AUGUGUUUUCAUACAAGUUAAUUCGCCGUUUGGAGCUGUGGAGGCUGGGUUUUGUUUAAAACUGAGAACCAUAAGGUAGGCGCUCCGUUAAUGUCGAACUCGUGAACUGAAAUCAUCUGAAAAUAAUUCUACCCAUUACAUUAGUGCUAAAGCUGCUAAAAGAUGGCAGAAGAAGUGGUAGUAGUAGCCAAAUUUGAUUAUGUGGCCCAGCAAGAACAAGAGUUGGACAUCAAGAAGAAUGAGAGAUUAUGGCUUCUGGAUGAUUCUAAAUCCUGGUGGAGAGUUCGAAAUUCCAUGAAUAAAACAGGUUUUGUGCCUUCUAAUUAUGUGGAAAGAAAAAACAGUGCUCGGAAAGCAUCUAUUGUAAAAAACCUAAAGGACACUUUAGGCAUUGGAAAAGUGAAAAGAAAACCGAGUGUUCCAGAUUCUGCAUCUCCUGCUGAUGAUAGCUUUGUUGACCCAGGGGAACGUCUCUAUGACCUCAAUAUGCCUGCCUAUGUGAAAUUUAACUACAUGGCUGAGAGAGAGGAUGAAUUAUCAUUGAUAAAAGGGACGAAGGUGAUCGUCAUGGAGAAAUGCAGUGAUGGGUGGUGGCGGGGUAGCUACAAUGGACAAAUUGGAUGGUUCCCUUCAAACUAUGUAACUGAAGAAGGUGACAGUCCCUUGGGUGACCAUGUGGGUUCUCUGUCAGAGAAAUUAGCAGCAGUUGUCAAUAACUUAAAUAGUGGGCAAGUGUUGCAUGUGGUACAGGCUCUUUACCCAUUCAGCUCAUCCAAUGAUGAAGAACUUAAUUUUGAGAAAGGUGAUGUAAUGGAUGUUAUUGAAAAACCAGAAAAUGACCCAGAAUGGUGGAAAUGCAGGAAGAUCAAUGGAAUGGUUGGUCUGGUACCAAAAAACUAUGUUACCAUUAUGCAGAAUAAUCCAUUAACCUCAGGUUUGGAGCCAUCACCUCCACAGUGUGAUUACAUUAGGCCUUCACUCACUGGAAAGUUUGCUGGCAAUCCUUGGUAUUAUGGCAAAGUCACCAGACAUCAAGCAGAAAUGGCAUUAAAUGAAAGAGGGCAUGAAGGGGAUUUCCUCAUUCGUGAUAGUGAAUCUUCGCCAAAUGAUUUCUCAGUAUCACUAAAAGCACAGGGGAAAAACAAGCAUUUUAAAGUCCAACUAAAAGAGACUGUCUACUGCAUUGGGCAGCGUAAAUUCAGCACCAUGGAAGAACUUGUAGAACAUUACAAAAAGGCACCAAUUUUUACAAGUGAACAAGGAGAAAAAUUAUAUCUUGUCAAGCAUUUAUCAUGAUAUUGCUGAUCAAAAUGACUGCUCCUCAGCUUUAAUUCAUCAUGUAAUUGAAGACAGGAAGUGUCAGUCCAAUCAUGCUUGAUUGGAAAUUGCUGUUUCUAACUCUCAGAAUUGACUAUAAUACAUAAGUAUUUUUAUUAUAACUCAGCCCAUACAUUAUAUACUACGUAUGCAAUGCAUCUGCAUAGAACAGUUCUUAUCCUUGGUCUUCUAUUUUACUGUUUCCUUCUUUGCUGUGUUUCUCUUUGCUUCUAAUAUUAAGGUUUUAUAUUUUGGAGGAAAAAAAAGGAGUAAUACAGAUCAGAAGUCUUUAUAUGGAAGAAUUUCUUUAUUCCCAUUACUGAUUUCCUUGUAAAGGCACCCCAUUAGUUCUGCCAUGGUUUCUCUUCAUAUAAAAUUAUAUCUAUAUAUGGCAUAUGCUCAAAUAAAUUUCUUGGAGAGUGUUAAUCUUUUCUGUGACGAAAUAGCAAUAAUAAAUGGAAAAUUAGAAAUUAUUUUCAGGUAUGUAUUUGUGACAAGCCAUUGUAAAUACCAAGUAUGUUGGGUAUGCUGUUAUUUUUAAAAGUUCAUUCAUUAUUUUCACUCUACUAUGAAACAGAUGGGGCAUGGGUUAGAAACAUCUUAACAUAAUUUUUAAUUACAACUGUUGAAACAAAAAAUAUCACUGAUUCUUAAGAAUUUUCUUUGAUUUUUUUUUUCUUGUUACUUGAGACCAAAGCAGUCUCUGAGAUACUGAGCUUUUAAAAAUAUAAAUGGCUGCUCUGUGUUACUUUCUUUUUCCUAGUGUUACUUUACCAAAGUAUCUUGUAUUAGAACAUGUUAUAUUGAUGCCUGUGUGAAAUAAAUUAUGAACAAGUUUUGGGGAAAUAGGAGACAAUAAGGUAUGUAGGGCGUUUUGGUUUUAUUCCUCUCCAAACAUACAUUGUAAGAGACAGUAUUUUCUAUUUUUACUUCCUUCUUUCAAUGUCCAUUCCAUCUCACCCCAAUUCCAUGCUUGGAAUCAAAUCCAGGGCCUUCUAUACAUGUUGGCAAGUGCUAUACUACUAAGCUGCUCCCCAAGCACCUCCUCUUUUCAGCUUUGAGUUUUAUUGACAGAGACACUAAAUUUGAUAUAAACCUGAGGGGGGGAAAUGGAAUGUGCUUAUGGUUAGAUAAAAUUACAUUAUUUUUAAAGUCUUAUUUUUGUUUAACAAGUUGUAGUUUAGGUGAAUGGAUGACAGGCUUCUGUAAAGUUUUUUUGUUUUUGUUUUUUAAUAUUUUUUAGUUGUUGAUGAACCUUUAUUUUAUAUAUUUGUAUGUGGUGCUGAGAAUCGGACCUAGUGCCUCGUGCGUGCUAGGCAAGGGCGCUACCACUGAGCCACAACCCCAGCCCUUCUGUAAAGUAUUGAAUCCACUGCUGUAGGCCACAGGAAACAACCAUUGUAUUUUGUGGUCAUACUUCUCAUUAUGCUGAAAAUUUACUAAGCAAAGUAACCAUCAUUUUUUAAAUUCAAAAUACUUAUUAAAAGCACAUAACUAGGAAACAUUAAAAAGUCAUAUUUUCAGAAAUUUCUCCUAUAUUACCUAAGUAUAUGAAUAUUUCCAUUUUCUGUUAUUACAAACAGAUAAUACAUCAGAGUUAUUGAUGGUAAAAUUUAAGUUGUGAAAUGUAUAUUUUUAAAAAAUUAUUUAAAUUUUAAAAUCAUUUAAAGACUAAUGUUGCCACUGGGUGGCAGCCCUGGCUUUUCCCACUAAGCAACAGAAGUCAGCAAAUAUAAUUAAGACAAUGGUGUAUAUCUGUUCUUAAAAUCUUUUAGUUCAUAUUAUUUUUCUCAGUGCUUUAUUAAAUUAAUUAUUAGAUAAGUUUAACGUAAAUAAAAGUUAUUUAUGCUUUUUUGGCUGUAAAAUCACAUGAAUAUAAAUUGAGGAAAACAGUUUGAGAGUAGAAUGACUAGGUAGUAAACAUCCUUUUUAACAUUUAAUGAUGCUUUCUCUUUUUCUACCAACUCUUCAUUAUGAAAAAUGAAGAUGAACGCUUAAUUUUAAAAGGAACAAUUUGUAUGAACAAAUAUCAACUAUUUAUAGCAAAUCCCCCACUGAACUGAUAUUAAUAGAGCAUGAUUUUGAGGAAGUAGUUAGAAGUGGUGUAGCCCUGGAAGCAAGGUACAUGUUCCCAUGCCAUGUAGAGUUCCCAGGUAACACGUGCCAGUAAUACCUAUUGUGUGCUCAUUAAGGGAUAGAAGCUUUACUGGGAAGUACUUUGAACUUCAUUGUUAAUCUUACGACAAUGACUUUUUAUAAGUGUAAAUUUUACUUGAAGCAAUUUUUUUAGGAAUUGGAACAACCUUACAAAACAGCUGCAUAGCUAGGUAAUAAUAGGAUUUGUGUUAGGAACCAAGUUUCCUCAUACCCAGACUGGUGGUGUGUGUAUCAGAAAGUACUGCUCUGAGCUACUUUUAGACUAGGAGGAAUGUCCUAGGAAAAGUAGUGAAGUUUUCUAUCAUAUAGGAGGUGAUUAGUUAUCAAAUUUAAAUGUACUUAACACAUGUAGCCCUCCCCAACCCACUUCUACAAAUAACUUUUCCAAAAUCGAGGAAGGAGCUUAAUAAUAAGAAGAAAGGCUAUUGCUGCUGUAACCCUUAUUUGUUUGUAGGUCCUUAGGAUUCAGCUGGAUAUAUAUGUUCACACAUGUAGCUAGUGGUAUUAAAGACUGUUUCGCAGAAAGCAGGAAGGGUGAGUGCAAAUCUAUUGCCAUUACCAGAAGGAUAAAAAGGCCUAGCAGUUGAGCAACCUGGGUUGUUAGAAUAAGGUCAUCCUUUUAGAUAAAUAUCAUAUGAAUUAUUUCUAGCUGUAAUGCUCUGUCAUGUUAUCCAAAGGUAACAAAGAAACAAGAUUGCCACUGUCUAUGUAGUUCCUUUGUGAAAAGUAGGAAAAGGCACCUUUUUCUCCCAGCAGGCCCAGCCCCUUCCUAUAAAGAAAUCCAGAAUUUUAUCCCCUCGUCUUGACAGAGUGCCUUGUUCAGGUUUUAACCAAACAUAGUGGCCUUAUAGGAGUACUAGUCGACCAUACAGUGCUUGAAAGAAUUAAUGAGGGGCUUCGGGUGUAGUUCAGUGGUAGAGUGCUUGCCUUGCAUGUGUGAGGCAUUGAUUUUGAUCCUCACUUAGCACCACAUAACAAUAAAGGUAUAUAUAAAAAAGAACAAAACAUGGGAGGGUGGUGCAUACCUGUAGCCUCAGCUACUUAGGAGGCUGAGGCAAGAGAUCCUAUGAGCCCACCAUGGGCAACAUACUAAAAUCCCAUCUCUAAGGAAAAAAGAAAGAAAAUAGCACAUUUUUUUUUUUUUUUAGUGGGGGGUUUCACAUAAAAUUCAACAUUUCCUUCUUUAAAAUGAGAAGCUGGCAUCACUGUAAUUCAAUUCCCCUAAUAGCAAUCAGCUGAAACCCAGUACAGGUGGUCCCCUUAUUAUUUUUUAACAUAUUUUAUGUGUUGUUGGACCUUUAUUUUUUAUGUGGUGCUGAGAAUCAAACCCAGUGCCUCACACAUUAGGCAAGUGCUCUACCAUUGAGCCACAUCUCCAGAACCCCCCUUAUUCUUUUUACUAAUGUGAAUGGUGAAAAAUUCAAAUAGUAAAGCCCCUUUCCCUACCUAUCUAGUUCAGUUUCCAAAUUCAGUUACUGUUACUCUUCAUUUUUUCUGUUUCUUGAAGAGUUUGAGACUUGGGAUCCUGCAAUUUUCAUUUUUUAGAAACACUUCUGCAUUGUCCAAUAAAUUUGUGUAUAAUUA